ACAGAGAGUGAAUCAGGAAGUGUGUCUGCAGGAGAGGUGCAUGCAUGAACAAACUGCUUUAAGACAAUGGAGACACGUGAGAGUGUUGGUGAAGGAGUCGAGGCUGCAGCAUCACAGUCAACCUUCUCUGGGCAAACAUCCCGGAAGCCUACCUGGACUUUGUUGGAAGAAGCUGUCCAGAUGAAAACUGAGGGCAAUGCUUUUUACAGAGAGAAAAACCUGCGCUCAGCCAUUAGACGGUACCACAGUGCUCUGCUCAUCCUCCGGGGCCUGGACUCAGACGUGAUGUCAUCACUAAAGGGACUUGGGCCAGUGGCACAUCCUCUCUCACCAGAACAAGAGACUCUACUGAGAAACACACAAGUAGAUGUGUUCAACAAUUUAGCUGCUUGUUUGCUGCAGAAAGAGAAUACCAAUUAUGCUCGUGUUCAGGAGUAUAGUUUGCGUGUUUUACAGUGGCAACCACAUAAUGUAAAAGCUUUGUACAGAGCAGGAGUGGCCACGCUGGAGCUGGGAGACGCUCAAAUGGCAAAAAGAUAUCUCACACAAGCCUUCAAUGAACAGCCUAAUGAUGUAAAUAUAAAGAAGUACCUCCAAAAAGCUGAGGAGAGGCUGAACCAGGAGUUACAAAAAGAGAAGGCCAUGUAUCGUGGGAUGUUUUCGCCCAGCAUCAAGAGCUGCUCUGGAGAUGAAGUUAACCAAAAGCAUGAGAGUGGUGAUUGAGUAUGCCUGGUUUCCUAAGUAAAGACACUUGGUUACCUGGACGACUGAGGGAUUAGACAGACAACUUGGUUUGAAACAGUCCAAAUUCAGCAGCCCCUAAAUCGUGUAGACUGACUUGAUAAGUGUCUAGUUUUUAAAGCUAGAUUGACUGGCCCAUCCCUGUUGGAUUCUCACAUAUCACCACUAGAUGCUAUUUUCGCUAUUUCUGUCUGAUGUUGCGCCAGCUUUGACCUAACAGAAGACCAGAGACCACAGGUGAUUCUGAAUAAAGGCCAGGUGAGGUUUCACGUCUGCCUUUUACUGGUGAAAAAAAAAAUCUGAUUUAUGGAUGGUAGCUUUAAGAACAUCUGUACACUGUUAACAUAUGGAUUCAGGUGGAAGGAAAGUGGAGACUGUUAGGAAAAUAGAGCCAAAGAAGUUUCCUGGUGGCUCAGAGUUUCUUUGUGGACAAAUGCACUCUGGUUCUGCUGUGUGUGUUAUUUCAUACAGUGCUGUAAAUGUUAUAUAUUGAGAUGUCAAUUAAAAUAUUUUUUAUUAUUACU